AAGAUGGCGUCGAGCCGUCGAGCUCUGUUGCCGAAUGAACCCAACUCUCCAACCCUUCUAAAUGACCCUGGAAGGGAAUUAUUUGAAGCAUGUAGAAACGGAGAUCUGAGCAAGGUGAAGAAGCUUGUUACUCCACAUAAUGUGAAUGCCAAAGAUACCGCAGGAAGGAAAUCGUCACCCUUGCAUUUUGCAGCUGGGUUUGGUCGUAAGGACGUAGUGGAACAUCUGCUGGACUGCGGUGCUAAUGUCCAUGCUCGUGAUGAUGGCGGGCUCAUACCCCUGCACAACGCCUGCUCAUUCGGGCAUGCCGAGGUGGUCCAGUUACUGUUGCGCCACGGAGCCGAUCCCAAUGCAAGGGAUAACUGGAACUACACCCCUCUUCAUGAGGCUGCCAUCAAAGGGAAGAUCGAUGUCUGUAUAGUGCUAUUGCAACAUGGGGCUGAUCCUAACAUCCGGAAUACUGAUGGUAAGACGGCCUUGGACCUGGCUGAUCCCACAUCAAAGGCUGUUCUCACAGGUGAAUACAAGAAGGAUGAGCUAUUAGAGGCGGCGAGGAGUGGUAAUGAGGAAAAGAUGAUGGGUCUACUGACGCCGCUUAAUGUCAACUGUCACGCCAGUGAUGGUAGAAAGUCAACCCCUCUGCACCUAGCUGCUGGUUAUAACAGGACAAGAAUAGUGCAGUUGUUGUUGCAGCACGGAGCUGAUGUUCAUGCCAAAGACAAGGGAGGAUUGGUGCCGCUACACAAUGCUUGCUCUUAUGGACAUUUUGAAGUCACAGAAAUGUUGCUCAAGUCUGGAGCAUGUGUGAAUGCUAUGGAUCUGUGGCAGUUCACCCCGCUCCAUGAAGCUGCAUCCAAGUCCCGGGUAGAGGUCUGCUCACUGUUGCUGGCACACGGGGCAGACCCAACCCUCGUGAACUGCCACUCUAAAAGUGCUCUAGAUGUCGCCCCAACCAGAGAGCUGCAGGAAAAACUACAGUAUGAAUACAAAGGUCACUCUGUGUUGGAGGGAGCCCGACAAGCUGACCUUGCCCGAGUGAAGAAGUAUUUGAUAAUGUUACCAGACAUUAUCCAUUUUAAACAUCCCUACACUGGUGACACUGCUUUGCAUUGUGCAUCAGUGUCUCCUUUUCCCAAAAGAAAACAGGUGGUUGAAGCUUUAAUCAGGAAAGGUGCAAAUGUUAAUGACAAGAACAAAGACUACCUGACCCCAUUGCACAUGGCUGCUGACAAGGCUCACUAUGAUGUUAUGGACGUUCUACUGAAGAGUAUGGCAAAGGUGAACGCCUUGGAUGGGCUUGGUCAGACAGCUCUGCACCGUGUAGCUCAGCAUGGUAACAUCCAGGCCUGUCGUCUCCUCAUGUCCUACUGUGUGGACACGAGCAUUGUCUCCCUCCAGGGCUACACAGCUGCUCAGCUGGCCACUGAGAACAUACAGAAGAUGCUUAGAGAGGAUCCUCCUGUGGGUGGUACUGAUGGGGAAAUACAACUGCUGGAGGCUGCUAAGGCAGGAGACUUGGAAGUGGUGAAGAAACUGGUGACAAGUCAGCCUGCUGCGGUAAACUGUCGGGACCUAGAUGGCCGUCACUCCACACCACUCCACUUCGCGGCUGGUUACAACAGAGUGGCUGUGGUAGAGCUUCUGCUUCAACAUGGUGCAGACGUCCAUGCCAAAGACAAGGGUGGCCUGGUGCCUCUCCACAACGCCUGCUCCUACGGUCAUUUUGAAGUCACUGAACUUCUCAUUAAGCAUGGAGCAUGUGUCAAUGUGGCAGACUUGUGGAAGUUCACACCUUUACAUGAAGCUGCAGCCAAAGGAAAAUUUGAAAUCUGUAAACUAUUACUAAAGCAUGGUGCUGAUGCAAACAAAAAGAAUCGCGACGGGAACACGCCUAUUGACCUGGUAAAGGAGGGAGAUGUGGAUGUGACAGAUCUCCUCAGAGGAGAUGCUGCUUUGUUAGAAGCGGCCAAGAAGGGGAAUUUGGCGCGAGUACAGAAGCUUGCCACAGCGGAGAACAUUAACUGUAGAGAUACACAAGGGAGAAACUCCACUCCUCUCCAUCUAGCAGCUGGUUACAAUAAUGUGGAAGUGGCAGAGUUUUUACUGGAGAAUGGUGCCGAUGUGAACGCUCAAGACAAAGGGGGCCUUAUUCCAUUGCACAACGCUUCAUCGUAUGGGCAUGUGGAUAUUGCCGCUCUCUUGAUCAAGUUCAGCACAUGUGUCAAUGCUGUGGACCGCUGGGGUUUUACACCUAUACAUGAGGCUGCCCAGAAAGGGCGCACACAGCUUUGUGCUCUGCUGCUUGCCCAUGGGGCUGAUCCUACCAUGAAGAACCAGGAAGGUCAAACACCUCUUGAUCUGGCCACGGCUGAUGAUGUGAGGGCCCUCCUCCAGGAUGCUAUGCCUCCACCUAGCAUGCCUCCCACAACCACUAAGGCUGGUGUGGGUAGUCUGCUCACCCCGAGUUCAUCAGGCAACAGUUCCAGUAACAUGUUUAACAGCAGUGGUGACAUGCCAGCAGGAGCAGUGGGUGGACCCUCCAUGCCGCCCCCUGGUGACGGCUGUACUGAGCGCAACAGCUCAGAAGGGGAGAGAAGUCUGGAGACUAUGAGUGUAACCGCAUUCCUAAACAGCAUCGGGCUGGAGCAGCUGAGAGACAUUUUUGAAAAGGAGCAGAUAACUAUGGACAUUUUAGCAGAGAUGGGUCAUGAAGAACUUAAAGACAUUGGUAUCAAUGCUUAUGGCCACAGACACAAGAUUCUCAAAGGGGUGGAGAAAAUGAUUACUGGACAUGGGUCAGUGUAUAACCCUGUCCCUACCCUGGGGACGGUGCUGGUAGAUCUCUCCCCAGACGACCCAGAGUACAUCUCUGUAGAUGAACAGAUGCAGGGAAGUAUUUGUGAGCACAAGGACAAUGUUGGGGGCCAUUUUAAUCGCUAUCACAUGCUGAAGAUUCAAAAGAUCCGUAACAAGCGAUUGUGGGAGAAAUACUGUCACCGUAAGAAGGAAGUGGCUGAGGAGAACCAUAGCCAUGACAAUGAGCGGCUGCUCUUCCACGGUUCGCCCUUCCUCAACGCCAUUGUGCACAAAGGCUUUGAUGAGAGACACGCCUACAUUGGGGGCAUGUUUGGGGCAGGUAUUUACUUCGCUGAGAAUUCUUCCAAGAGUAAUCAGUAUGUAUAUGGCAUAGGAGGUGGCACAGGCUGUCCAGUACACAAGGAUAGGUCCUGCUACAUCUGUACCAGACAACUGUUGCUGUGCCGAGUGACGCUGGGCAAGUCUUUCCUACAGUUCAGUGCCAUGAAAAUGGCCCACGCUCCCCCGGGGCACCACUCUGUUAUUGGUCGCCCCAGUAGUGGUGGACUGUCUUAUCCUGAGUAUGUCGUUUACAGGGGAGAGCAGGCAUACCCUGAGUACCUGAUUACAUUUCAAAUCAUGAACACAGAGGGAGAUUCCAAGAAGUCCUGACCUGUAGUCUGUCAGGAGAAUAGACUUACUGUGUGAAUGCUGUCAUUUACCCUGACCAGUAUUGUGUGAAUCAGAGCGUGGCUGUGACUGGGAAAUCUAUGGCAUUUGUUGUGUCUUCUUGUAUACUGAUCCUGUAACAGAUUCACUGCUUUCAUCUAACUGGAAUGCUACAUAAAAAUAAAAAUGAAAACUAGGUCUUCAACGAACUCGACAACCUAGCUAUUCUGGACAUACCUUCAGUCAACCUGGCUAAUCUGGACACUAAGACGUUCAGCCAACUGGACAAACCAGCUUAUGUGGACAGCAGGGUUUCGGUAAACUGAACCUGCUACAUGUAGCUAAUCUGGAUAGUGCACUUUCAGGCAAAUGACCCAUGAAUCUGAACAUAAAAGAUUCAUGCAGCCAGACCACCUAGCUGACCUGAGUUUUAGGCCUUUAGACAGCUGGACCACCCUUCUUAUCAGGACAGUGUUCGAUUUCAUUCUUUGUUGUGGAACGAGCACUUCAAAGGGUGUCAACUUGAUUCAGGUGACACCUUCACUAUUACUGACAUUGAUUCAGUGCUUCUAAUUCAGAUAAGGAAUUCAUGGUAAGAAGGUUGCCUGUACUUUAUGGUGGUAAUGUUUAGAUCAGGGAUUGAUUUCAUGAAGCACACUAAGUAGGCCUGUGCUGUGACAAGCUAUGUUGUGGAGAUAUAAAGUACACUCGGCUUAGGGCUACUUAAAGGGACACAGAAUUGAUACUGAUUGACUGACAGUGGAGAUGGGUUUCUUAUGUAAAUGUAGCAUACCUAAUAUUCAGCUUAGGCAGUGCAUAGCCUGGACUUGCCUAUGUCUGUGUUCUGCAUCCCUUUAACACCAAGUAUGUUUCAUGAAACCGACCCCUGGCCCUUUAAGCUGCAGCAAAAUCUGAUUCGCUUUUAUUGUUCAGUGUUUUAUGCCAAAAUUACUAUAUGCCAAAAAUAUCUGCUACUUUCCAUGAAAAAUUGUAUCACAGCUUUAGAUGACCACACUACAUUGUUUAAAUAUUCAGACUUUACUGUGGUAGUGCCAGUAGUUUGGAACUGUGUCUCUGUCAAUGGUUUGUCAUUGUCUCCUGUUGACGGUCUUAACUCUAGCCCCUCCC